GGCGGGCGCCGCUAUAAUGGCGGCGGCGGCGGCGGCGGCGGCGGCUCCGCGGCGGGGGCGGCUGGGGCGGGAGGCCCGCGCCAGCCUGGCCGCCUUCCUGCUGGGCGCCUCGGUGGCGGCGCUGCCGGCGGUGCUGGGCUCCCCGGCCGCCCUGCUGGCCGCCCCCGGCCUGCGCGGCCGCCUGGCGCUCGCCCUGCACGUGGCGGGUGUUAACGCGGCGCUGCUGCUGCUCUAUCCGCGGCCGCUCUACAAGAUUGCCGUCCGGGCCUGCUUCCUGGGCUUCGCCUUCGGCUGCGGGCUGCUGCUCAGCGCCGGCCGCUCGGCCUGGCGCCACUUCGGCUGGUACAUGUGCUCCUUGUCCCUCUUCCACUACUCGGAGUAUUUGGUGACAGCCAUCAACAACCCACGCAGCCUCUCCCUGGACUCCUUCCUGCUCAACCACAGCUUCGAGUACAACCUGGCUGCCCUCUCCUCCUGGGUGGAGUUCACGUUGGAGAAGCUCCUCUUCCCAGAGCUGAAGCAGAUCACGUGGCUGAGCACGGUGGGGCUGCUGAUGGUGAUCUUUGGGGACUGCCUGAGGAAGGCAGCCAUGCUGACAGCAGGCUCCAACUUCAACCACAUUGUUCAGAAUGAGAAAUCGGAGACUCACACUUUGGUGACGAGUGGGGUGUAUGGGUGGUUCCGGCACCCGUCCUACGUGGGCUGGUUUUACUGGAGUAUUGGAACACAGGUGUUACUCUGCAACCCCAUCUGCGUGGUGGGCUACGCGCUGGCGUCCUGGCGCUUCUUCAGGGAGCGGAUCGAGGAGGAGGAGAUCACGCUCAUUCACUUCUUUGGAGAAGAGUACCUGGAGUACAAGAGGAAGGUGCCAUCGGGUCUCCCUUUUAUUAAAGGAGUCAAAGUGGAACUGUAAUGUGGGCAAAAACCGGACUGGCUGAGUGAAUGCCCAGCUCCAGGCGCCGCAGGGCGAGGGACAGUGUGUGGCACUAGGAGUAGCCUGUUGGUAUUUCCUGGCUGCCCAGGAGGAGCUGGCAAAGAGCUGCAGAGCUGGGCAGCUCUACGGGUCACUAGCAGAUCAGAAGCUCAUUUGUCCUCAAGAUAAGCCCUUCGUUGCACAUUCAGGGAUCUUCCAGAUAACUUAGCCUGUAGCGACUCUAAAGAGAAUCGACCCCUCCUGCCUGCAGCUGUGGAACUGGACCGAGAUGCUUCCAGACCAGCAGCUCUGCCCUCCUGCCUGAGGAGCAGGAAAGGCCCUGGUUCUUCCUGUGGCCUCAUUUGAUUUUAAAGCUCUUUGGCCUCGUGAGCCGGCGGUGCGGCUGUAAUCCCCUUAGGCUGGGGCUGGCAGCUGGUGCCACCGCGGGUGCUGCCCUCCUGCUCCCCUGGCACGGGGGCUGCCUGCCCACCCGCUGCCGCCGGUGGUUCCUCCCCAGGCACUUGUGCUCCCAGGAGCCUUUUCUGCUGGAUGCAGGGGAGUGAGCCCGCUCCCUGCCCCGGCUGCUGCUGGCACUGCGGGAGCCACCAUCGCAGCCACCGCCCUCCUGAGCCCCCUCCCUGCCACCUUUGUUCCCUCUUCCCGCUUCCAAAUCACGCUGCUUCCUAUCCUGCAAGGCUGCCUCUGUCCUGCAGAAAUCCCAGGAUUUUGGAUUGGGAAGGAAGAUCCUUGCCUGCGUUGUGGGCAAACCUGGGAUGCUGCUGGGACUAGGAGAUGCUUCUAGGGAAAUUCUCCAAAGAGGAAAAAAGUAUGGCUAGUUAAUGCAAUUUUAAAUGUUCCUAUUUUGGAAAUGGUUCCUACUUGAGCUUUGUGGUAUAACUUAUUCUGUCAUUAUAUACCAAAGAGGUUCACUGUUUUCUUGAGUUUUAGGUUAUUCUUCCUAGCUAGAAUGGAAACGAGUUGCUUGGCAGUUCACGCUUCAGGCUGGCAGUGUUCCUGAAUGGAGGUGUGUGGUAUGGCUCAGGAAAAGGGGCACUGGUGGGAGAUGGCUUUGGUUUAGUUUUGGGGUUUUUUUCAUAAAAAAUAAGACAAUUCUUGCUAA